UGUGGCGUUCCUACCUUCCUUUUUCGAUUGCACGGUGGUGGAGUUUGUUUUUAGCGAGCUAACUUAUAUUUAUUUGUGUAAGUUUAGGGACAUUGGACGAACCUGGCAGAUAUAGUUAGAAUGCAUUGAUUCGUGAUUUGAGAAAAUAGUAGCUUUGCGCUGUUUAUUUUUCGCCUCAUUGUUUCGCGAGUUCGGGAUGUUUUUAUCCUCGACAUGGAGACAAAAAGAGGGGAGAUUCCCAACGGCGUAUUGGACGACCUCUGCAGUCGAUUCAUCCUCCACAUCCCUAGUGAAGAGAGGGACAAUGCUAUCCGCGUGUGCUUCCAGAUCGAGCUUGCCCAUUGGUUCUACCUGGACUUCUGCAUGCAGAAUGCACCAGGAUUACCUCAGUGCGGGAUAAGGGACUUUGCCAAGGCUGUUUUUAAUCAUUGUCCAUUCCUGCUGCCCAAUGGGGAGGAUGUACAGAAGGUUCUAGAACAGUGGAAGGAAUAUAAGAUGGGUGUUCCAACCUAUGGUGCCAUUAUUCUAGAUGAGUCGCUUGACAAUGCAUUGCUGGUUCAGGGCUAUUUGGCCAAGUCAGGGUGGGGCUUUCCAAAGGGAAAAGUGAAUGAAGAUGAGGCUCCCCAUGUUUGUGCUGUACGAGAGGUUAUGGAGGAGACGGGUUUCGAUAUCAAAGAUCGCAUCUGCAAAGACACGUUCAUCGAGCAGAAAAUCACUGAUCAGUUGGCCCGAUUGUACAUAAUACCUGGGGUACCCAAGGAGACGAAGUUCAACCCCAAAACAAGGAAGGAAAUAAGGAACAUCGAGUGGUUCCCGAUUGAGAAACUACCAUGUCACAGGAACGACAUGACUCCCAAGUCUAAACUUGGACUCGCCCCCAACAAGUUUUUCAUGGCCAUUCCUUUUGUCAGACCACUCCGAGAAUGGAUUGCCAAGCGUAAAGGAGAGUCUACAGACAGUGAUGAGGAUUUUGCAUCCAACGGCAGCACUCCAUGCAAACCUCUGGACAAAGCCCGCUCCAAGCAUAGGCGGGCCCAGCUGUUGCCUGAGGCGUCUCCAGGAGAGGGCUGGGGGAAGCAGAAGCAACCCAAGCCUCUGGGACAGCUGAGCCAAUACGAGCUCUCGGAACUCUUGAAAGCCAAGAACCCCAAUGUGAAAGUCAAUGGGAAGAAGCACCAGGAUUCUCCCAACCUGAAGAAAAGGACCAAUGGAGUCGGCAACCAGCAGAAAGAGGAGAAGAGACUUCAGCCCAGGAGACUACAGGACAACUUCGACACAGAUGCAGCAUUGCCAUCUGACACGUGCAACUCCACCAAUGGGCAGCAGGCGGUCUGUAACGGCAACUGUGAACAGCUCUCCUCCAGGUCCUUCCUCAACUUCAAGUUCGACAGGGAGGCCAUCAUGAAAUGCUUUGACUCCUGAAAUAGCCGACGGACACCUUGGUCGUGUUCAUUAGGGACCAAAAGGAAGUAAACUAAUUGAAACGGAGAGAGCCUAUGUGGACUUGUCGAUUUUUAAGAAAUUAAAUGUUUUUGCUUUCCGUUGUAUGCCCUAAUGAACACGACCCUGGAAUGGCAGACUAGCAGAUACUUCAGUUCUAUGGAACGGCAGCCCCUCAACCUUAGGGUUGAGAUGAAGAGAACUGUAUAUAUAUAUAUAUGCCUUCUGUCGUAGGUUUAAUUUUGUCAAGCACAGAAAGGUUAACUAGUUGCCGCUGUUUGUUUAUUCAGAGCUGAAUCCUUACUUGAGGAUUCUUAGUAACUUGGUUUCGCUUCCAGGAAGUCAUGCAGUGAUGUCAAUGGCAAAUAGAGGGAGGAAAGGUUAGUGUUCACAGAUCUCUAUUUAGGAUUCACCCCAUAUGAUCCAGAUUUACUAAGCAUGUACAUCAGGUGCAAAGUUUGUACCUGUAUUUUUAUAGAGGGAAUUAAUCACAAAGUAGAGGACGAAAAGGUCAAAUACAAGGUUCUGAGAAGAAACACAGUGAAGGUAGAUAAAGAUAGUGUUUUAACUUUGGGGUUUCAUCCCCUGUUGACGUGAACAAAGCAUAUGUUUAGUAAAUCUGGCCAGUGAAGUCGGCGCCAUAACUUGCCCAGUUACGUGUUUUUGUGUAAUUUAAUGGACGACAUAGUCCAAUUUGGUCAGUUUCACCGCCUUACCAACUGAGCUCCCGAUUUUUAUAUGUUUUAGGGCAGUGGUUCCCAACAAGGGGUACUAAGACCCCUGGGGGGUACUUUAGAAGACUCAUGAGACCAUAGGCCUACUGGUAAAAUGCACAUGAGGGGGUACUUCAGGUGGUACUCCGGACAGGGUAAAAUUCAGUUGGUGGUACAGUAAACAAAAGGUUGGGAACCGCUGUUUUAGGGUAUAGCUGGUGUGAACUGAUGUGAGGCUAAGCACAGACUACGGUACGUUGUGCUGCUAUGCUUUUAUCUCCAAGCAGUGUCAGCUCCAAGUAGACUUGUCCUCCUAACUGUGAUUCCAAUGGCCGCGUUCCAGGUCAACCUUUUUUGCAGUCGCCCAUCUCAGAAGAUUGCUAUAUGAUACGAAUGUGGUUUCUACAAUGUUAAUGUGAUCUGCGCAGCGCGGCUGCAAUAAAGACAACCUGGAACGUG